AUGAAAGUUCCAAAGAAACAUAAAGCCAAAGAGAGAAAAAAUAGGAGGGAUAAAGUCCUCACCACUUCACCAGGUCUGAAGCUCCGGAAGAGGAUUCAUACUGAAGAGAAGCUGUACACCUGUGAUCAGUGUGGGCGAGCUUUUACCAGAUCAAGUAAUCUAAGGAGUCAUCAGCGUAUUCACACUGGAGAGAAGCCUUACAGAUGUGAUCAGUGUGGGGCAGCUUUUACCAUGUCAGGUCAUCUAAGGAGUCGUCAGCGUAUUCACACUGGAUUUAAGCCUUACAGAUGUGAUCAGUGUGGGGCAGCUUUUACUCAACAAGGUAGUCUAAGGAGUCAUCAGCGUAUUCACACUGGGGAAAAGCCUUACAAAUGUGAUCAGUGUGGGGCAGAUUUUACCGAACAAGGUAGUCUAAGGCGUCAUCAGCGUAUUCACACUGGGGAUAAGCCUUACAGAUGUGAUCAGUGUGGGGCAGCUUUUACCGAACAAGGUAAUCUAAGGAGUCAUCAGCGUAUUCACACUGGAUUUAAGCCUUACAGAUGCGAUCAGUGCGGGUCAGCUUUUACCAAACAAGGUAAUCUAAGGAGUCAUCAGCGUAUUCACACUGGAGAUAAGCCUUACAGAUGUGAUCAGUGUGGGGCAGCUUUUACCCAACAAGGUCAUCUAAGGAGUCAUCAGCGUAUUCACACUGGUGAUAAGCCUUACAGAUGUGAUCAGUGUGGGGCAGCUUUUACCGAACAAGGUAGUCUAAGGCGUCAUCAGCGUAUUCACACUGGAUUUAAGCCUUACAGAUGUGAUCAGUGUGGGGCAGCUUUUACCGAACAAUGUAGUCUAAAGAGUCAUCGGCUUAUUCACACUGGAUUUAAGCCUUACAGAUGUGAUCAGUGUGGGGCAGCUUUUACCGAACAAGGUAGUCUAAGGAGUCAUCAGCGUAUUCACACUGGGGAUAAGCCUUACAGAUGUGAUCAGUGUGGGGCAGCUUUUACCGAACAAGGAAAUCUAAGGCGUCAUCAGCGUAUUCACACUGGAUUUAAGCCUUACAGAUGUGAUCAGUGUGGGGCAGCUUUUACCCGACAAGGUAGUCUAAGGAGUCAUCAGCGUAUUCACACUGGAUAA